AUGAGGUCCUUUGCUAUCCUCUCCGUCCUGAGCGGACUCGCCGCCGCUGGCCCCAUCGCAAGGCGCCAGGCCGUCACUGGCACGCCCGUCCCCUUUGGUCCCUUUACGUUCACGUCGACUUUCAACAUGAUGGCCACCCCUGAGCAGGUCAUUGGCGCCAACGGUCCCGCACCGGGCGAGACGGGAGCCAUGGGCAUGUACAACUACGGCAUCAACAGCCAACUGGACAUUAUCUGCUAUAACAUCACACUCAUGGGCGUCACCGGACCCUACGAGUCGCCCGCGACCACGGCCACGCACAUCCACGAGGCGGCGCUGGGCCAGGCCGGUCCCCCGCGCAUCUCGUUCCCGAACCCGGAGCCGGCCAACUCGGGUCCCGAGGUGGUCAAGCGCAGCUCGGGCUGCCUGCAGGGGCCCUUCACGACGGGCAUCCAGGCCAACGGCCGGGACACGGGCACGGGGUUCACCCUGGCUCAGAUCGAGGCCAACCCGGCCGGCUUCUUCACCGACAGCCACACGGCCGCCUUUGUGCCCGGCGUCGUGCGCGCCCAGCUCGGCGCCAAUGCCGCUGCUGCUCCCCCGGCUGCCGCACCGCCCGUUGUCUCGGCCCCCGUCGCCGGGGGUGGUGCCGCCGCGCCUGCCGCUCCCGCUGGCCCCGCCGUCCAGUCGGGCGAGGUGGCCGACGUAAGCGGCUGUAGCGUCCUGGGCUUCGAGGUCGGGCGCACGCCGCUCAAGGUGCUCUGCGUGAUCCCCCCUGCGGCGUAA